GCAGCUGAAGCCUCUGGGUGGCUCCGCCCCCAUCACCUGGGGCCAAUUUAAAGCUCUGUCAGGCCACAAUGUUGUCCGUGUGCGCGGCGCCAAACCCCGACAGCAAGACAAGCAGCAUGGAAACUGCAGCUCCCGGCCCGCUGGGCAACCCCAGCUUCUGUUUUAGCCCCCGUUCGUGUGUUUGUGCCAAGGGCUGGGCCACGGCAGUGUGGAAUGGCCUCCCUGACCUCCCUCUGGCCAUCUCGUCCAGGGACUCCAGCAGCUGCUACACCCCAGAGCCAUGGCUCCUCCCUGGCUGCAGCUCCGUCUAUGACAGCCUGGUCAGCAGUGCCUCUCCAACUCCAUCUGCUCCCACUAUCAGUGGCCUUCGUGGAGAGAGGGGAGCCUCCAUAAGCAAGCCUCGCAGGUCGUCCAUCCUGGAACGCUGUAUUCUCAAAGUGUCCACCAGCAGUGUGGCAGUGGGAACAGAUGAUAUGGACAGCAGCAUCAGAAGGCCUCAACUGGGUCGCUGCUCCCCUCGCCUCCUGGACCCGGCCAACACCGAGACCAACGCAGCGGUUCUCAAGAGACGGCAGAAGCAGAUCCAGUAUGGCAAGAACACUAGUGGCUACCAGCACUACGUACAGCAAAUCCCCAAGCACCUCAGGGAUCCCAAGGCCCACCCUUCCACUCCUAACAAGUAUAAGAAGUACAGCCGACGCUCCUGGGACAUGCAGGUCCGACUGUGGAGACGAGCACUGCACCUUUGGGACCCGCCGGCUGAUGAGCAGCUGGGGGGUGCAGAUUCCCAGGACCCAGUGGACCAGCUGCAGAGUCAGCUGGCGAAGAUGACCUCGGAGCUGUGUGAGGAAGGAGAGAGAGGCAAGCAGAGAGAGGAGACUCCAGCAGCCUCUAAGGCCUCCUCUGUGUCUCCUGUGGGGUCGCUGGACCUCCCUGGACCCUGGGAACUGCCCCACCUCUCCCCGGGAUUGCUGCUCUCCUCCCAGGACUCUGACAGAAGUCUGCGGCCUCCUCGCUCCCCUCCAGGCCUCAGUUACUCCUUCAGGAGUCGGCUGACCACCAAUGAGAACAUGAUGGGCUGGCUUCACUUCCUGCUCGAGGCUAACCACAGCCAAGAUCACACCCCUGGUGACCAACAGGUGCCCCUGGUUUCUGACCACAUGCUAUGGAAUCCAUACUGAUCAUUAUGGGAUGUGCAAGGUCUACAGUUAACAUCAAGACAUUCACCCCUGGUUGAUAGACUCUGGGUGCUGGUCUCAUCAUCUCAAACUCCAGCUGUCAUCCAGUGAACUUGAUGUGAUGUUGUCUAUAUCCUAUAACUCGUCUUUGAAUGUGUGUUGGAAGAACCUUAAGGUAUGCGUUGGACACUGAGUGUCUAAGGGUUGUGGCAUUCAGUGUGUUUUGUCUUUUAAGGUAACUGAAGAUUUGACAGCAGGGACGUGAUUGGUCCUUGAGCCGCAUUACUGUGCCAACAAGGUUGAUGUCUUGCAAUCUGGUUCAGGACAAUCUGGGUAGUGGGGAGGUUUGACCAAAAGACAGCGGCCUCGUUGGGGAAGUCGGAGCCGGGUGGCAGCAAAUUACAGUGUUCCACCACUCCACCUCUGAUGUCUCUGCUCUCUCCUCAUUUACGUCUUUAGCCUGGAGGUUGAGAUUUCCCAGUUGGCCUUGAAUCCAUCUGCAAGCUGAACAGUUGAAGGGCUUGGAGCUAAUGGAGUGAAUGGCUCCUGAGCACGGACGGGUGCACUGCUUCGACAUGAUCAUCAUACUAGUUUGCACUACGUCAAAGGCUGUGCUGCAUCAAGCACCUUAUUUGAACACUAUUUUCACAUGAGAGCAGGUUUUGUUUUUGUAACCAUGGGAUUUCUGCACUGUCUGGAACAGCUACUAAUUUUGGUGUCCUUAAUGUCACUUACUUAUUUCCUUUUUUUGCUGAACAUCAGGUGUCACUUAGAUCUUUCUGAUUGCCUUUGACUGUAAUCUCAAGAGGCUGUGUUGUAGUUUGUCCACCUUGCACAUUCAUACUUUUGCAUUUAUUUUCUCUUUUGUCUGGAUCAGGCUCAAAGUUCCCUCCUGUUUGUAGCUCAGUGUUUUUUCUAAAAAACAGAAUGUUGAUGGGGAAAGGCUGUCUCUUUGUGUUGUGAGUUUUCUUUUAUUUUAGUGGUUCUCAACUGUCAUUUUGUGCAACUUGAAUAUUGAGAGCAAAACGUAAAUAUGUGAGCGAAAUUAAUAAAGAUGUAAAUAAAGUAAUCUAAAUUCAUGACUGA